AUGUUUGCUGACUUAUUCAGGAAGAGAGUUGAGCCAAAAUCGAUUAUAUGUCUUAGACGUACUACAAUUUUUAUGGCGAUUUUAGUGUUAACUCUUUUCUUUGUGGUGUUGGUGAUGAAGCUAGGUGAUGAACAGCCUACUAUUACUACCUCAUAUUUAAAAUCGGCAAUUGAUGAUCAAGUUAGUCUACCCGCACCAGUAAACCCGGGAGAUUGCCAACAAUUUGUUACACAACCAAAACAAUCAACUCAUGGUACUUACGGUCGUCCCUAUGUUGGAAAAUUUGCACCAAAAGAUUUAAACUUGGCCCGUGAAGAUGAACAAGGGAAACCUUUUUUUUUUAUUCUUAUCGUACAAGUGGACCCCUUAUAUUAUGGAUCUAAUUAUACCAUGGCGAUGAAUGUAUUUGAUUCAGAAUUUGAUCCAUGGAGCGAUGAUUUUGAUCAAAGUAAAAUGACUCCAUUUGUCGAAUCUUUUGACUCAAUGAAUUACUAUGUUACACCAAGUGGAGUGGGAUACCUACUCGAGUACUCUAGAAGAAUCAGAAAAACUCUACCCGAUACAAAAGCAAAUUUGAUUGGUUUUCGAACACCGAAAUACAAUGAAGUAAAGUACAUUGAAUCAGAAAUACAGACUAUCAAUAGGAACUACACAGGCGCGUUUGCAAAUUUCAAAGUUAUGGUGCAGGACUUUAGUGUGGCAGUGGAACAAGAACAAAGGAUCAAUUCUUUGAUAACCGUAUUAGGGACUAUUGCUGGUUAUUAUAGCAUUCUUGUGGCUAUUUAUAUAUUUUUAUUUGGUGCUAGUUCGAUCAAUCCAUGGGGUUUUGUGCAUAAAGGAGUUGCGACGGUGGAUCAACACAGAGGAAAAGUAGAUAUUUCAAACAAACUGGAGAAAAGAAUUGAAGUUUUGGAAAGUUUUCAAAUCUUUGUUGAACAAAAUUUUAUUGACACUUCAUUAAUAGACUCCGUUAAAAAAGACAAGCCAAAAGAAACGAGCAACUAA